AUGGGUGACAAUCGUCUCGGUUAUUCCACUGGCACCGGUCUGGAUCAGCUAGCCAUCGAGGAAUUGGCUCGUAGUGUAACCAACCUCAAGUCAGACAUUGAACGGCUGACGCUUCAGCAGCAAUCCCUCAUGGACUCAACGAUGACACCACGAGGCCUAGAGCCACCAAUCGAGGGCGAGGAUGGCUAUAUUUGGAAUGGUGAAUUUCUGACUGAAGUCACUCUUGAUAAACCCGGAAAUACUGCUGUCCCAGUCUACCUCUGCACUUCUUAG